GGCUCUUCCAACGGUCCAACUGACGACGCUGCUGGAUGGAGAUAGAGGGAUUGGGGAUUGCUUCGGAGGAAGAGGGGGGUUAAGUUUUCCCCCAUUGCUGUUUUUUUAAGUGCCAUUUACUUCUACAGAGAGAAAGGGAUCGGGGAGGCGUGUGAGGAAGAGUGUUUUCCAGAGAGGAGGGAGUUCUUUCGGAGUCACAGAAGAAGAACUUGAACGGUGAACUAAGUUGAGAGGGGGACCCGCGGAGAAUGGAAACGAACUAAACCCUCCUCACAUCUGUGGACAGUCAGAGCGAGCUUCGCCGUAUAGAUCAUUCUAUGGUUCUAUGGUUACGAGAAGAACUAUGCCGUUUUUGUAUUUGUAGUUUAGUGCCGGCUCGUGGGGUUUAGGAAAGGGAGACGUUGGGAAAAGAACCGGUUUUCCCUGGUACCCUACCGCCGCUGCUUUUGUGUCUGUGAACGGUGGGGAGUUUUUCCUGUUUGACAGGGCCGAUUGUCAAGAAGAAGUAACGAUACAACAAACACACAGGCUCAUCGCCAGCCUCAAGCGGAUUCGGAUUCUUGAUAAUAUGUACUGCUGACAAAGAGUAUCAAAGGAUCCGACACAUUCAAGAGAGACAAAGUGUUGCCAGACCUGCCCCGAUGGAUUGGAGAUAGAGUUCUACUCUUAUCCUGAACUUCAGCCUCCCACAUUCAUCCAGGAUGUCAGAUCCCACGGGGCUGAGCUCAGAGGGGGCCGGGGCGGGCGUGUCCGAGGUUGAUGCCUGUAGUUUGGAGAUAGUGAGGAAAUAUGAUGUCAUCCCUGCCGUGAUCUGCUCCAUGUGUUGCCUCUUUGGCAUCAUCUACUGCUUCUUUGGUUAUCGCUGUUUCAAGGCGGUCAUGUUCCUCUCUGGUCUGAUGUUCGGCUCUGUCAUCAUCUUCCUGUUGUGUCACAAGGAGCAUGUGCUAGACACUCAGCUGAGUGUGGAGGCCAGCGCAGGUAUUGGACUCGGCAUAGGCCUGCUGUGCGGUCUGGUCACCAUGCUGGUGCGAAGCGUCGGCCUCUUCAUGACCGGCUUGCUGCUGGGCCUCCUCUUGGCUCUCGCCGCCCUGCUGGUCACUCACCAGUUUUACACUCCCACCACAGUGUGGGUCCCACUCGGUGCUCUCCUGGGAACGGGCAUGCUGUUUGCUGUGAUGACGCUUCAGUGGCAGAAGCUCUUCACCAUGAUCUCCACGGCCGUGUUUGGGGCAGCCAUCAUGACAGUGUGCGCUGAUUACUUUGUGGAGAUGCUGGCGUUGGCCACGCAUAUGUAUGACUGCCUACGACUCACACCGGGGCCUCCUCUCUGCUGGUACAGCUGGGUCAUUCUGGGCAUCUGGCCCGCCCUCAGCCUCAUCGGAGUGCUGGUUCAAUGGAAACUGACGGAUGACAGUUUCUCACACACUGAGGUUGUUAUCAGUCGGAGACAGAAGAGAGUCCAGCUAAUGCGGAUUCGUGAGAAGGACGCCAAGAAGCGCCAGCAGGCAGGUGGGCAGGAAGGCACAUACCGCCGUAAACCCACCCCAGUGAAACGUUACGCUGGGGAUCUACUGGCACCGAGCUACCUGCAAAGUCUGCGGGACAGACAGAUGGGCACCGGCACUUCCCUUAGCAGCCUGGGAACUGCCAACCACACCAUGAUUGACCUGGACUUCGACACCGGGUCCACUGCCCCCCUCACAACAACGACCCCCGUCAUCAGGGUCUGAGGAACACAAAGAUGCGAAAGGACUGAGUGGUGCUCUCUGGUUCUCCAGCUGUGUCUGCCUUAAGUAGAGUAGAACAAAUAUACUGAUCCCCUAGUCAAGGAUUUACCCUGCCUUCAGACCGACCCGGAGCGAGGACUUGUGUCCGCCUGGGUGUUCAGUGGAAGAGACAGAAUAUGUGUCAAACUCCUGUUUGGUGAAAACUAUAACCACUGCAAGCUGUGUGUUUCUCUGAGAGACACUCCAGACUGAUUUUUACAUAGUAAGGUCCUUGAUUUCUUCUCGUUAUGUAUUAAAUGCUUAAGAAGCAAGUACGAGCCUCAAGAACGAGCGUGUGUCUGUUUUGGUUGUGAAUAGGACAAAGCAAUAUGUUUGACAUUACAUGUACUGUACCUAAACGUUAGUCAUUGCCAUGAAGUGUUGUGUUAUUUCCUGUGUGGUCUUAAAAUUUCUGAAAGUUUGUUGAAUGACUUUUUUUCUUUGUUGUAGAUGGAGUGAGAGUAAAAUAGAAUAUGUAGUAGGAUAAGUGGAAGUAUGAAAGUGAAGCAUAACUAAACAAUGCAAAUGAAAUAGUCUGUUAUUAAAAGCUCUUUGACUGAGCUUUUGGCCGAAUCUUUCCCAGCAGCACUCUUAAUUCUGCGACUUCUUUAUGUGUCAGAAUACAGUAGGUGAAGAUUUGUGUACUGUAAGCUCGCAGAGUAAACUUUUUAUAAUUUAUUUUAUAUAAUGACAAAGUACAUGGUAGAUUUGAAAAAAGGGCAAAAAAACAAAGCAUGUCUGUUGUUCAUUUGUAGAUUUUUAAAUAAUGAUACCUUUUGUUGUUUGGAAUUGGCAGGGACAAAGCACUUUGUUACCUGAACAUGUACAUACCUGUUGAUAGAAAUGUUAAAGAUAAAUAAAUGUGUUUGAUACAAAAACCA